CAUCUGGAAAACAAUAUGUGUCCAUCUGAAAAAUAAAUGUACCUAUUUCACGCGGAAGUAAAGCAAUAAGGAAAGAGGAACGUUUUGGUUUGUGCGCCUCUCACGAGCGCCUCGCGCUUCCUGUUUAAUAUGCUCGUCUCGCCCGGCGUGUUGUCCCAGACGCUGUGUAUCACAAAUCCCCACCUCCACUCCAACCAGAGCACGGAGGGGAGGAAUAAAAAGGGUUAACCGGAGUCUUUGGAUGGAUUCAGCCGGGGCGGAGUGGAAGGGACGUGAUUGGGCAGCGCGCCGUGACGCAGGGGACAUGAAAAAGCUGAUAACUAGUUAAGAAGGCAGUUUGUAACUCUGGAAAAAGAGUGCAGAGCUUGAAGAGACACGUUAAGAGGAAGGACGUGAAGAGAGAGAGAGGAAAAAAAAAAAAAAAAAGGGAGGAAAGCUGUUUGAAAGUGCAGCCAAAGGAAGUUUAGGACAAUGGUGCAGCACACGGACACCAGCGAGACGGAUGGGAGCAUGUCCAAAGAGGCCACCGACUCGGAGGAGAGUGAGUUUAUGGCGUGCAGCCCCGUGGCCAUCAACCCGGACUGGUGCAAGACGGCCACGGGCCACAUCAAGAGACCCAUGAACGCGUUCAUGGUCUGGUCCAAGAUCGAGAGGAGAAAGAUCAUGGAGCAGUCGCCGGACAUGCACAACGCGGAGAUCUCCAAGCGCCUGGGGAAGCGCUGGAAGAUGCUGAAGGACAGCGAGAAGAUCCCGUUCAUCAGAGAGGCCGAGCGGCUGCGGCUCAAACACAUGGCCGACUACCCCGACUACAAGUACAGACCCAAGAAAAAACCAAAGCUCGACCCGUCCAAGUCGUCCGCGCCGUCUCCGGAGAAGUGCGCCAAAAUGAGCAAGGCCCCCAGCAAGAAGUGCUCCAAGAUCAAGACGAAGAGCGGCUCCAAGGCGACGCACGGCUACGCGGAGGAGUGCGCGUUCCCCGGCUUCAAAGUUGCCAAGGCUGUGAAAAGUGAGCUCACGGACGAGGAGGACGACGACGACUACGAGGAGGAGUACCGGAUGGGGGUUCCAGCCGGGGAGGAGGAGCGCCUGAGGCCGUACGGCGUAGCCAAAGUUCCCGCGAGUCCAACUCUGAGCUCCUCGGCGGAGUCCGAGGGGGCGAGCAUGUACGAGGAGGUGCGGAGCAACAACAGACUCUUUUACAACCUCAAACACAUGUCCAAGCAGGGCGCGCUGCACGCGGCGUCCGUCUCACCAGCAUCCUCCAGGUCGGUCUCCACCUCCUCCUCCUCCUCCUCCAGCAGCUCCUCAUCCGGGGAGGACGCGGACGAUUUGCUGUUUGACUUUAGUUUGAAUUUCGCUCAGAGCGCGCCAGGCUCGGAGCUGGGCAACAAUUCAGGGAACCUGUCCCUGUCUCUUGUGGACAAGGACCUGGACUCUUUCAGUGAGGGCAGCCUGGGCUCCCACUUUGAAUUCCCAGACUACUGCACGCCGGAGCUCAGCGAGAUGAUCGCCGGGGACUGGCUGGAGGCGAACUUUUCCGACUUGGUCUUCACAUAUUGACAUAAAAA